AUGAGCAUGACUUUACGGGCGUCCGGUCCACCAGACUCUUUUUCCGGUUCGAUCUUUGAUGCUGCUGAUAGAGGAUUCACUUCUAACUUUAUAAAUAUAGCCUGCCUCUCGAUUAAUAUCUUUAGUGACUUUUAUCUGUUCUUCCUGGAUCCUACAGUUUACUCUUGUAUCAAUAAAACUAGUCUUUAUUAUCUUGUUGUAAUCUCUGUUCAGAGUUGGGUCAAUACAAUACCAACACAGUAUCUCAACUUUGAAUUACGCGAUAGAAGAUUUUACUACAGAAAUAACAUUUGUGCAAAAAAAAAGUUGCCGAUGUAUUUUAGGCUAUAUUCAAACUUUCUGCAAUUGCUGAAAAAAUACAGUUCUCUUGAGAAGAGCCCUUUUGGCGUGAUGUACACACCUGCUAAUAUCAAAGUUGGUACCUUCUCCGCUGAAGGAUUGAGUGUCAAUGAAGUUGAGCAUGCCAACCACAAAGUAUUGCGUUUCACCGAAACAAAUCGGGUCACUGAUACAUGGCAAAAGUAA